AUGGCGGCGGCGGCGGCGGCGGCGGGGGGCGGAGCGGCGAGGGAGAAUCGCUUCCGCGGCGUGCGGAAGCGGCCAUGGGGGCGUUUCGCAGCCGAGAUCCGGGACCCGUGGAAGAAGACGCGCAAGUGGCUGGGGACCUUCGACACGGCGGAGGAGGCGGCGCGGGCGUACGACGAGGCCGCCCGCAGCCUGCGCGGGCCCAAGGCGAAGACCAACUUCGGCCUCGACGGGGAGAUCGGGGCGCCUCAGCAGAUUAGGUCGUGGAUGACGCCGCGGUGGCGAUCGGGCGCCGCGUCGUCGCCGGCGGGGGGUGACGGGAGGGGCCUGCCGCUGGGGCCUCCGCAUCAGCCUGCGGGCGGCGGAUCGGGGCGACCCGAGUGGCGGUUGGAGGCCGUCGAGGCGGCAGCGUGGGCAGAGCCGGAGAAAAAUAGCCCCGCCGCGGCGGCGGCGGCGAGGCAGACGCCGCCUUUUGCGUUUGAUCUUAAUCUGCCGGCAGAUCCUUUGUUCUAA